ACUAAUGCAUCAAAUAGAAAACCACUGUUUGGUUAUAGAGACAGUGAAGGAAAAAAAAAAUGAAAAAGAAAAAAUGGCAGGAAGAUUGAGCAACGUAGCGUCAAGAAUCAUGGGCGGAAACGGCAUCGUAUCACGCUCUGUCGCCUCCUCUCUUCGCCUCCGUUCUGGCAUGGGCCUCCCUGUGGGCAAACACAUUGUUCCCGACAAGCCCCUUCCUUUAAAUGAUGAGCUAAUUUGGGACAAUGGAACUGCAUUUCCACAACCUUGUAUAGAUCGAAUCGCUGAUACUGUCGGAAAGAAAUAGUAUGAGGCAUUGGCUUGGAUGUGUGGAGGUUGACCUUCUUUGCAUCGUUGGGAUUAUUAGCUUGGUGGAAUGAUAAAGCCUCUAAGAUUCCAUUUACACCAAAAGUGUAUCCAUAUGACAACCUGCAGGUGGAGCUUGGUGGAGAACUAUGUAAAGAUCUUUAUAGAUUUACUUCAUGUGAUUUUGGGGCUGGGGUCACCUUCUGAUUGGUUAAGAGGAUGUAGCAUCGGUAACAAGAGUCAACCUUUCCGGUGUUGCAAAUCCUUUUCAAAGCAAUCAAAUUCUACGCUUGAUCGAGCUGGUCUGCCGGAGGGUGGUCAUAGAAAAAGAUUUAGAUUCCCCUGCUAUAUUUUCUUGGGUAAACGACAAAUUUGCCUAUAGGCUCCAAGGGAAAAUAUCUUUAAGAUAUGCUUCCUCGCUGGGAAAAUGCAAAAUCUUGUAAAGAAAAAAAAAUGAUGAAGAUAUGAUGAUUUGUUUAUCGAAUGAGCUCGGAAAUUAUGGGAUUCACUGCCACCUGAAGGAAUAUUGGAAUGGAUCGAGAAUGGAGUAUGCUAUAUUUCUUAAAUUAUCAUAUUCAUGCUAGAGGCUAGUGGGAGGAGUAAAGCGUUCAAGCUUCCUUGUUUUCUGGCACUUGACAGCAAAUAUGAGAUUCUUCCAUGGAUAUCACUUAGUGCAUGUAUUUCAAAAUCUUCAAUGUGAAUUGGUUCUAUGUUUUAGCACGAAAUCUUGUUUGCUUGUUUCGACUGAUCUCUUUUAGAAUUCUCAGUUGAGUCUAGUGUUUGAUCUGAUUGUUGUGUUUUACCAUUUAUGGGUUGGUUUUUUUGUUCAAACUUGCUUGUCCAUACCUUUUGUAGUUUUGUCACAACAGGCAUUUUGCUUUUAUAUAUGUUUCUUGGGGAUCAUUGUUAUCGCUAGCAAUGCGACGAUUACGAUGCAUUGAGUCAUCUUCAUACUUGUCAAUUUUUGUUUUUUAUGCUCAGUGUAAUUUUUCCCUUUUGAUGAAAUUCAUUGCUUGUUCAAACACGAUCAAAGUAAAAGAUGAGAAAAAAUGAACAUGGUG